AUGGUGGGAAAGAGAAACAGCACAGCUGUCCAGGAGUUCACCCUGGAGGGCUUCCCUGCAGUCCAGCACCUGGGGAAGGUCCUCUUCCUGCUGCACCUGCUGGCCUACCUGGCCUCUGUCACGGGGAACUCGCUCAUCUUCACCAUCAUCUGGGCUGACCGCCGCCUCCACACCCCUAUGUACUUCUUCCUCAGUGCUUUCUCGGUCUGUGAAUGCGGUUUCACCACCACGGUUAUUCCAAAACUCCUGAGCAUCUUUCUGUCAGGGAGACAAACAAUUUCCUUUGCUGCCUGCUUCACACAAGCAUUUGCUUUCCUUUUUCUGGGUGCAACAACUUUUUUCCUGAUGGGCGUGAUGUCCCUGGAUCGCUACCUGGCCAUCUGCAAACCUCUGCACUACCCCACCAUCAUGAACACAAGGAUGUGUGUCCUGCUGGUCACUGCCUGUUUCACUUUGGGAUUUCUCCUUACCGUGAUUCCAGUCAUAAAGCUGUCCCAGCUGUCCUUCUGUGGCCCCAAUGUCAUUCCUCACUUCUUCUGUGAUGUGGGACCCUUGUCAAGGCUCUCCUGUCCCGAAAACAGAUCUAUUGAAAUGUUGUUCUACAAUAUUGCCUCUUUUCUCCUUUUUGCAUCCUUCUUUAUGACUGUGAUCGCUUAUAGCAACAUAGUAUUCACGAUUCUGGGCCUCCGAUCAGGCAAGGAGCGGCAGAAAGCCUUCUCCACCUGCUCCUCUCACCUCAUUGUCCUCUCUCUGAUGUAUGGCAGCUGCGUCUUCAUCUAUGUGAAGCCAAAGCCAAGGAGCAGGCUGGACUCCAACCGACAGGCUGCUCUGGUGAACACGGUGGUGACCCCACUACUGAACCCCGUUAUCUACACCUUGCGCAACAAGCAGGUGCACCAGGCACUGAGGUAUGCUGUGUCCAGGGUGAAGCUGCACAGAUACCAGAGCCAAGUUUUUUCUCUUGACAAGGUUCCCUUGUCAAGACCUCAACUCAACUCACACUGGAGCUACCCUCUAUUCCGUACCUGGCUCCGAGGUUCCACUGCACAAGCACGCCUCCAAGGCUACACUCACUGCCCUCAUGACCAAGCUCCUGCUGUGGUCCUGUUUGUGUGUGCCCAUUCCGGGAGCAUGAACUCUGCUGCCAUGGACAGUCAGUCCCACCCUGAACUCAAAGCCACAGUAGCCAGUAAACACCCAUGUUCCCAUCUCAGAGUUCCUUACAGCUCCAAAAAUUUGAAUAUCUUUGAAAACGGUAUGAAAAAGCAAAUAUCCCGGGUACGGUUACCAUAA